AAGCGUUACAAUGCGUUAUAUUACAGCUUUCAAUUUUUUCGUUACGCUAUAUUUUUCGCUCUGUGCUGUGGCAGCUCGACCUGUAGGAAUGCCCGGAAUUCCUCUUCAUUUAAAAGAGUAAAAAAUACGUUUUAUAGGUGAUCUAAAAUAUUUUUUUUUCUUAUUUUUGUAUGUUUUCGCCACCCUGUGGCAUGAGGGGAAGAAUUCGACAAUGCAUGACAGGUGUCACGAUAUUUCAAUAUGGCCGUUGUCAUGAAACGGCUAAACGGGCAAGCAUCGCCUUUGGUAUUGUGAUCAGACAGGUACGCUCUGGCUGCAAAGCGGUUCGACUGUGCAUUUGUUGAUUUGUUAGGCAUCAAAAGUGGUUGUUAGUCGCACCUAGACCCAUUACUAUACAUAACUCGCGUCAAUAUGAACGACAUAUCUGCGCCGACUAUCAGGAUAGAGGUGGCUUGCACCCGCGGGUUUAACAAGUCGCAGCAAAGCUGUGAAGUGUACCAGCACGUGCACGACAUCAUAGAGGAGCGGGAAACGAUUCGCAUGGGCACCACCUUCACCAUCCCGGUGCUGUCCGUGUUGCAGGUGGAGGUGUGCACCGACGUCGACCAGUACACGCCCCGAUCGGCGCUCCAGUUUAACUUCUACGUGCUGCAGGACCAGGACGGUGUGACGGAAACCAUUACCCACUGUGCGGAGGAGAUGGAAAUCUCACACCACAUGCUGCUGCCGGCACGCGAACUGCACGGCCUGUGGGAGAGUUUGAUCUACGAGGAGGGGAUAAAGGACAGCGUACUGGCGUUUGCCGAAACGUCGAUGCUCUUCGCACGCAAGGGCGUGGACAAGAAUCUGAUCACAUGCAACCGGCUGGCACUGUUUCACGGACCACCGGGGACGGGCAAGACGAGCCUGUGCAAAGCCAUCGCCCAGAAGCUGUCGAUACGGCUGAACGAGCAGUACCGACAUGCCCAUCUGGUGGAGAUCAACAGUCACAGUUUGUUUUCCCGCUGGUUUUCCGAGAGCGGCAAGCUGGUGCAGAAGGUGUUCAGCGAAAUCGUUGCCCUGCUGGAGGACGAACGAUCCUUGGUUUGCGUACUGGUGGAUGAGAUUGAAUCGAUCGCGUACGCCAGGGAUCGGAUCUCCUCGAACGAACCGAGCGACAGUAUACGGGUGGUGAACGCCGUACUAACGCAGCUGGAUCGGCUACGUCGCUUCCCGAACGUCUUUAUCCUUGCCACAUCCAACCUGACGGACAGCAUCGAUGCAGCAUUCCUGGAUCGAGCCGACUUCGUGCAGUACAUUGGCCAUCCGACGGAGCCGGCCAUUUAUGAAAUUUAUCGCUCGGCACUGUACAACCUCCAAACCAUCGGUAUUGUGGAGAAGGAAGCGAACGCUUCAAACCGGCGACUGUCGCAAACGGCGGCGAACACGACGGAUAGUAUAGCGAGCUACGAGGAGGCGACCGAUCCGGCUAGACCGAGCAGCACCAUGCUGGACAUUUUGCUGCAGGUCGUGAAGCUGUCGGCAGGACUGAGCGGACGCACGUUGCGCAAAAUUCCGUUCCUUGCGCACGCCCUGUACGUGAAGAAGGAAACGGAAAGCGUGCUAAACUUUCUAACCGCUAUGCGGCAAGCCAUCCGUAAGGUGCGCAACGAUAAGCGCUUGCUACUGGCCAAGGAUCGUUCCGCCGCCGAAGAGGUUACGGACGUUUCCGAGAAAGAGUCAAAUGGAUCAUGUUUGUCCAAGUGGUAAAAACAUACGAAUGGCCGUCCAUUGCUGUAUAAUGAAAGCAUGUGUUGUUGUUGUUGUAAAGCAGAUUUAGUUAGGAAAUAAAAAUACAAUCAGCAUACUCCCUGUGGAC